AUGUUAAUCAAUUCUCAACUAAAGGUGGUCGACCCAGAUACCAGCAGAAUAUUGGGAACCAAUCAAGUGGGUGAACUAUUGUGGAAAACUAAGACCACGAUGAACUGUUACUAUAACGAUCCGGAUGCUACAGCCGCAACCAUCGAUGAGGAAGGUUGGAUGCACUCGGGAGAUUUUGGUUACUACAACGAAGGCGGGGAGAUAUUCGUGACAGAUAGGAUGAAAGAACUAAUUAUACGCUUGCCUCAUCCUGUGGAUGACGAGGAUCCUGUUACUUCUGUAGUUAGAACGGAGUCUUUUGUCACCGAAAUAGAGUAUGGAUACUUCAUUUGUGAAAUUCUUUGGGUUACAGAACAGGAAUUGAUUGACUUAGUGGCUACAGAAAUGGUUGACAACAAGCGACUGCGAGGUGGAGUCAGAUUCAUGGAUCAUCUACCAAAAAUACCGUCGAAUAAAAUUCAAGACAGAUAUAUGUGUAUUGGCGAGGUCUAUGACAUCAAAGUGAAAGUCACCUACCAAUUUUCUCAUCUGCAAGACCAAUUGAGUUGA